AGUGCACAGGGCCAGGGCCAGGCUCACACCGCCCCACCCUGCAGCACUGUGUUAAGCCUAGCAUGCUGUUUGCCUGUGCGCUCCUUGCCCUCCUGGGCCUGGGAACCUCCUGCAGUUUCGUCGUGCCCCGCAGUGACUGGAAGGCCCUGCCAUCCGAGUGCGCUAAGCCCCUGCAGCACCCAGUUCGCUACGUGGUGAUCUCACACACAGCCGGCAGCUCCUGCAACAGCCCGGACUCCUGUGAACAGCAGGCCCGCAAUGUGCAGUUUUACCACAUGAAAGAGCUGGGCUGGUGCGAUGUUGCCUACAACUUCCUCAUUGGAGAGGAUGGACACGUCUAUGAAGGCAGAGGCUGGAACACCAAGGGUGACCACACAGGGCCCACCUGGAAUCCCAUGUCUAUCGGCAUCACCUUCAUGGGCAACUACAUGGAUCGGGUACCUGCGAAGCGGGCCCUCCGUGCUGCCCUAAAUCUUCUGAAAUGUGGGGUGUCUCAGGGCUUCCUAAGAUCCAACUAUGAGGUCAAAGGGCACCGGGAUGUGCAAAGCACCCUCUCUCCAGGUGACCAGCUCUACGAGGUCAUCCAACGCUGGGAUCACUACCGAGAGUGAGACCUUGAGGCCUUGUGGAGUCGACACCCUGAAAUCCCUCCUGCCACCUGCUCCUUCCCAGUGACCCCAAUAAAGACUCAGCACCAA